AUGGAUAUAGCUUAUAUCAUGGAUGGCUCUCGGGAUGUCAGCAGUGAGGAGUUUGAAACUAUGAAAGAGUUCAUGAGCAACAUGUUGGAUUAUUUUGCUAUUGCUUCCCUGCCACUUGAGUCAGACAAAGGAGCAAGAGUUGCUCUGGUACAACACGCUCCACGAAAUUUCUCAGGGACUGAAUUAUCAAGCCCAGUAUCUGAAGAGUUUGACUUGACUACAUACAGCACUAAGCACCUGAUGAAAAUGCAUAUUCAGGAAUCACUUCGUCAGCUGGAAGGUCCAUCAGCUGUGGGUCAUGCCCUAGAAUGGACCAUUAAUAAUGUGUUCUUGGGCGUCGAUAGGCCAAGAAAGCACAAGGUCAUUUUUACAAUGCUGGGAAGUAAGACAAGUGCCUGGGAUAGAGAGAAACUUCUAAAAAUGUCAUUGGAUGCUAAAUGCCAAGGAUUCACCAUGUUCACCUUGGCCCUUGGCAGUGAAGCUGAUGAUUCCGAAAUGACAGAACUCUCCAGUGUUCCAGUGGAACAGCACCUAUUACACAUGGGCAGAGUUGAUAAGCUUGAAUUGCCAUAUGCUCUGAGGUUUAGCAAGGCCUUCUUAAAUCUUUUGAAAAGGGAAUUGAAUAUUUAUCCUCCUAUAAACCUGCAGGAAAAAUGUGACAACCUGCAUCGAGGAGACACCUAUCAGCAAGCUGUAGGGAUAACUGACAGGAUUCUGUUCUCUGACUCAAAAUAUAAUGAUUUAUUUCAACCUUCAGAAUUAUCCAGGAAAAAUGUGCAAAAUAAAAUUUUAAAGACCACCCAAGGACCAAGAGAAGAACAAUAUGGUCAAAUAGAAAAUAAAUACUUCACCAGCAUCAGUAUUCAAAAUGGGGAUGGGACAGAGACUGAAGAACUUUUUGAGAAACUACAAAGAGCAAAGGAUGCUUGUUCAAAAGACACGGACAUUGGGGAGUGUGAAAAUUAUACUCUGAAGUGGUACUACCAUAAACAGAGAAAUAUGUGCUUCCAGUUCUGGUAUGGUGGCUGUGGUGGAAAUAAAAAUAGAUUUGAAACUCAAGAAGAAUGUGAUGCUUUAUGUGUGGUAUCACCGUAGUGUGAAAAUUUAUAAACUGUAUGCCUAGCUAUGCACUAAAUAAGAAAAAAGUAGAAUGAAUCAAAUAUAAAUUCCCAUCUUCAGAUGAAACAGGUUUUUAAAUUCUUUGUUGCACAGAGAAAAUCUGUACAAUUCAUAUUUGCUUGAAUGCACAUUUUAAACAACAAGCAUUCUUGUGGCAUUUUAAAAACCAACAUAUUUGGCAUUUUGGAGAUCAGCCUGUGUAUUGUCAACUUCUUAGUCCAUAAGAAUUUGUUUUCUGAUGACUUUUUUUUUUUGCUGAUAGACUGAAGUUACAUUCUUGUUCCCAAUUACCUUAAUAAAUCCUGUUGUACUUAUGGAAUAAUGUGAAUACAGUGAUGUACUCAGAAUUGUAUCACAAUACAGUGAGAUUUCUGUUUCAUUUUUAAUGCCAUUGUAUUUCCAUGCUUUCAGAUUAUCUACUUUGGGAAUAUUGAAAGAAUUAUGUGAUUGAACAAAGAACAUUUAAUAUAGAUUACAAAAUGAAUAAAACUUGAUAUUGCUUUACAACACCUAAAUAUAUAUUUUGUUCAAAAAACAAAACAGAAGAUGAUAUUUCAGACAACUGUAUAUUUAUCUUUAGUAAAACUAGAUGUAGAAAUGUUUUUUGUUUUGUAAGAUGCAUGCAGAAGUGCA